AUGGCUACUCGAUUACUUCGCUCAAUCUCAUUGAUCCCCAAACAAUCAAUCAUAAGCCGUGCCCAAGUAAGGGCUGGCUCAAGGUUGCCUAUUCAAUCAACCCAUUUUGUGAAUUUCCAAAAGCAAACAUUUGCUACUGCGCGUCCACCGUCAUCGACGAAUGGAGAACGCACGAUUAACAUUCCUCGCAUACCUCUUCUUCUUAUUGGUAUCGGAUUUGCCUGCCUUGGUGUAGGGCUCUACGAGUACUUUACAUCUGAUAUCCAAAAAUAUCCUCCUCCUAUCCGCCAGGCCUUGCGAAAGGCACUUUAUUUCUCCCAAGAUGACCGGGACACAAAGCUCGCCCUUCAAUACUUUCGUCAGGCUCUCGAACUGGGUAUCGAGUCACCUGAAAUGGAAAGAGAUGGUGCCCCAUUGACGGGUAUUAUGAUACAGCUGGGAGUUCUUCUUGAAACACUCGGGCGACUCCCUGAAGCAAGACAGACCCUCACUCUGGCACUUCGUCAUCUAGUUGGAUUUGAGAAUGAUAGAGAAUCUGUCAAAGAUAAAAGACCUGACAGUGAUGUAUUUAAUGUCGAUUUGUCUUCACUUCCUACCCAAACACAAAAAAAAAUCGUUGGAAUUGCUCAGAAGCUUGGCGACAUUGCAGCAAAGUGUCGCUUGGAUGACGAAGCUGAAAAGUGGUACACCUGGUCGGUAGAACAUCUCUUGAGAAUAUCAUCACGUCCCAAAUCAGAAUACAAUGAUACCGAAGAGGUUAUCUUUGACAAGGAUCACAUGCCAGCAUGGUUAACUAAGGCCGAGCUUGGUGGAGCGCUGGAAGCUUUGGGAACUUUCUAUGCCACUCAUGGAAACUACGUGUUUGCUAUACAGCUUUAUUUACAGGCAUUGAAUAUGGCUGGACUCAAGACAUGUCACACUUCGGUCUUGAUGAACAACCUCGCGGAAGCAUAUGCUGCAAUGGGACGAUUUGAGGAAGCCAAGCAAUGGGGUCAAAAGGGUCUCGACCACGCUCAGAACCCAAAUACGCGUAAACUCAAUGAUGAUGGAGAAGAAUGUGAUGCAACAUGUGGGACUCUUCUUUACAACAUGGGCAUGCUAUUUGAGCAAACUGGCGACAAAGCCAAAGCUUCCCAGUUCUACAAACAUGCUGGUCUUCACGGAAGAAAAUUCAAGCUCGAUGAAUGUGUUCAGGAAUCCGAUAGAGCCUUGAGACGAAUUGAAUUUGAACAAAGACAUCCCGCUACUUUUGAUUAG